AUGGUAGUGAAUCCCUCUUUCGAGGAUGUUGCCGACUUCGAAGCAACCGACCGCGGCUUCAUCGCCGCUCUAGAGCCCGGCAUCAUCAAAGAUAACAAUGGAAAGGUAGUCUGGAAUAUCGAUGCUUAUGAAUUCAUGAAAGGUGAAUGCCCGUCAACAGCACACCCCAACCUCUGGCGCCAGGGCCAGCUUAACUCCAAGCAUGGGCUGUACGAGAUCUGCCCUGGGAUCUACCACAUUCGCGCCUAUGAUUUAUCAAAUAUGACGAUCGUUGAAGGGAAAGAGGGAAUCAUCCUUAUAGAUCCACUCGUCUCUUGCGAAUGCGCCGCAGCCGGGCUAGCGUUGUACCAAGAACACCGCGGCAAGGGGAAAAGAGUUACUGGAAUGAUAUAUUCGCACUCGCACGGUGACCAUUAUAUGGGCGCCGGAGGCGUCAUCUCCCACGAUGCUGACAUUCCCAUAAUCGCGCCAGAAGGCUUUCUCGAAGCUAUCAUGAGCGAAAGCAUCCUAGCUGGCCCGGCGAUGCGCAAACGCGGAGCACGCAUGUACGGCAACGCAUUGCCGCGGUGUGCGACGGGACAAAUCGGUACAGGCCUAGGGAUGGGGUCGAGUGUCGGUACAACAAGUUUGAUCCCUCCAAAUCUCCUCAUCCAGGAAACAGGUGAGGUACAUGAGAUUGAUGGGGUGAGAAUAGUCUUCCAGAUGGUCCCUGGUACAGAAGCACCGGCGGAGAUCAAUUUCCACUUUCCAGAUUUCAAGGCUCUUUGUAUACCCGAGACAGCAACAAAUUGCAUGCAUAAUAUUGUGACUCUGCGCGGCGCGCAAGUUCGUGAUGCAAAGGCUUGGUCUGGGUACCUCGAUGAGGCAAUUGUGAUGUUUGGCCGGGAAUCUGAUGUGCUUUUUGGAAGUCAUAACUGGCCAACAUGGGGUCGGAAAGAGCUUACCACGCGGCUUGCAGAGCAGAGGGAUAUGUAUGGGUAUCUGCAUGAUCAGACGGUGCGGAUGAUGAAUCUGGGCAUGACGGGCAUUGAGAUUGCCGAGAAAAUGCAGUUACCGCCCGCUAUUUUGAGAGCAUGGCAUUGUAGAGGCUUCUAUGGGUCUUUGAGUCAUAAUGUCAAGGGAAUAUACCAAAAAUAUAUGACGUGGUUCGAUGGACGGCCAGAGAAUCUGUGGAAGUACCCACCGACUGAGGAGGGUCAGCGUUAUGUCGAAUGCUUUGGUGGCGUUGAUGACCUUUGCGAUAAAGCUGAAACCUUUAUCGCGAAAGGCGACAAUCGAUUUGCAGCAACAUUGAUCGCCCACGCUGUGGCUUCCAACCCCAAUUCCUCAAGAACGCGUGCCAAGCUAUUGCUCGCAUCGGUUUAUGAAGCUUUGGGAUUUGGCGCAGAGAAUGCGACGUGGCGCAACUUUUACUUGACGAGUGCCCAAGAGCUGCGAACGGGAACAAAAGCAGGAGUGGUUGCUGGCGGUCGGACCGCACUGGGCGAGCAAUUGAGUAUCGAUCAGUGGUUUGAGGUCAUGUCUGUUCAGAUGGAUGGAGAAAAGGCAGCCGAGCGAUCUUUCGUCAUAGAUUUCGAUGUGACUGAUGUGAAAGAAAAAUGGCGGAUCAUCUUGAGCAAUGGCGUGUUGAACCGACGUAAAUUGGAAGAUGGAAAUCAGUUGAAAGAUGCACAAGAAAACGAAGCAGAUUUCGCGAUGGUGUUGACCAGAAUGGAGCUUCUAGAUGUUAUUCGAGGGAACAAGGUUGACGUUGAGACAAAGGGGAGAUCGGAAGUAUUGGAAUAUCUUCUGGAUUUUAUUUUGGUUCAGCAGGGCUCUGCCCGAGGGCCUAGCCAGCUAUGA